CUCCACGUGUUACUGCUCCUCCCUCACCCUUGGUUAGCCUGGCCGGGAUCAGGGCCCUUUGGGGAUCACACCAUCCAGAUCCAUGGAUGGAGAGGAUUCUGAGAAGCGUAGCCCUAAAAGGGAAGCCCAUCAGCCUGACCUACCGCUGUCCCUGCAGAUAUGUGGAGAGCAACGUGGCCAAAUCCCACAUUAAGCACCUCAAGAUCCUGACGGUCCCUGGCUGUUCUCUCCAGAUAAUUGCAAGACUGAAAAAUAGCAGCAAACAGAUCUGCAUUGAUUCCAAGUUAAAGUGGAUCCAGGAAUAUGUGGAGAAAUAUCUACACAAGAGAUUCAAGAUGUAAGAGGCGAGCAUUGUAGCUGUCUACAGGAUGCCUCACUGUAGAAGCCAGAGAACAGAUAUAUAUAUAUAUACACAUACAGUACACAGAAUGCUUUGCCAAUAUUAUGUAACGUAGCAGAAAUCUAACACAACUUGAUAUUACAUUGCACUGAUGCUAGCAGCAAAAAGCCAUACCAAAAGCCACACGAAGCAGGAGUUAUGUUCCUUUCUGCUCCAUGGAAUCUUGGCAUUUCCCCCUCAUAUCAAGAGUUUGAUGUUGGUAAAAGGGACCCCUUUCUAGAAGAUCUGUGCUGAAAGGUUGGACAAGCAAUGGCUACCAAAGUCGGUGCAAUAAGUGAUAGAUGAUUGCCCACAUAUGUGUGGAAUAUAAUUGCUGUCCAUGUGAGAGAACAUCGGGAGGGGGGGGGAGGACACUGGGGCACAGGGGCCUAAUAAGCAAAGGUCUAAAUAGGAUGCAACAGAAUGACUGACCCCAGAAUUUUUGUAUACUUACUCGAAGAGUUUCCUCAUAAAGGAUCAUAAACCUUGCUCAUGUUGUACCUUUGGCUGCUUUCUUCUAGGGAAAUGGUAUUUUAAAAAUUAAAGACUAUAAGGCCGAUUCUAACAGCUUACAGAUUUCAGCUAUGGCAACCUUUGCACUUUCUAAGCGACAUUUUGAAGCAUGUGUGAUUCUGAAAGUCAGCGCAGUUGAAGUUGGUGCGCUUUUGGCACACAAAUACUCACAACUAGAGACCAUUCCUAUGAAUUAAGUAGUCCAAAGGACUUUGUAAAGGUCAAGCUACAUGUUACUUUAAAUACACAGUGAGCAGUUUUUAUGAGUUUUUGUGUUUACUUUAAGCAGAUAGAUAAUUGAUCCAGAUCAAGAUCACAAUAGCAAGGAGGAAAGGUAUUAUUUUUCUGCUACCAUGAUCUGAGAAAAUCUCUGCAUAGCAAAUAAUUUGUUCCAUAACAUACUCCUGCUGAAGAAUGAUGGCAUCACCUGCAUCCACCAAGAGCAGUGACUUUUGAUAAUUAAAGAUGUACUCUUCCUGUCCUGCAGCCCCAAUGGUUUGCACAUGGUGAAAGGGAUGAUGCAGGUAUUCGUGAAGGCUUUCACAGCUGGGAUCUAAUGGUUGUUGUUGGUUUUUCGGGUUCUUUAGCCGUGUU